AUGAGAAACUCGCAGAGAUUCAAGGUUAACAAGAUAUUAGAAGGUUCGCUAGGGUUUGCGCUAUCUAGAACUCAGGGCUUCGGGUCGACCGCGGCGUUGGGACGGUCGUGCGGGACGAUCGGCCGGACAAUCGGGUUGUGGCCGAGUCGGAACGGUCGGGGCCGGAUGUUUCGGUCGGCCGGCGUGGUCGGACGGAUUGAAUUGGCCGAUGAAAUCUUCGGCCGGACGCGGGAGUUUCCCGGGUCGGACGGAGCGUUCGUGCGCGGUACGUGA